CUCUGACAACGUGACGUCCGGCAGGCUGGACGCUCGUGGGCCCGCGCGUGUGGCUGCGCACGCAUGGAUGUGUCGGAGCGUCAUGCGGGACUCCUGUAGAGUCGCUGGAGCUCGGUAGGGUCCGGGUGGGCCACCCGCAUCAGCUGCUGACCGUGGAUCGUCACUUUAGGCCCGUGCGUCAUUUCCAGUCGGCACCCAUGAACUUUUCGGUCCGGCGCGCGCCACGGCACUCCCCUCCUCCUCCAAGACAAUGAAGACUAGGCGCAGAUCCAGGACCCUCCUGUCGCUAAGCCUGAACUUCUUGGCGCUAUUCUUCGCCAUCACCGCGUUCGUCUCCACGUACUGGUGCGUGGGCACCCAGCGGGUCCCCAAGCCCAAGUGCAGCAAGCUGCGCACGCACCAGUGCAUCGACUACGGCGUGAACGAGACCGACCCCAACAAGGUGGUCUACAGCUGGGAGACCGGGGACGACCGCUUCCUGUUCCGCCAGUUCCACACCGGCAUCUGGAUCUCCUGCGAGGAAAACAUCCACGAUGAAAGUGAGAGAUGCCGGAGUUUCAUCGAUUUGGCGCCUCCAUCAGAGAAAGGGAUGCUGUGGCUCUCUCUAGUGUCUGAGUUGUUGUACAUCCUUCUGCUGAUGGUGGGAUUCAGCCUCAUGUGCAUAGAGUUGAUCCACGCCAGUAACAUCAUUGAUGGACUCAAGCUGAAUGCCUUUGCUGCUGUCUUCACUGUCCUCUCAGGUCUUUUGGGCAUGGUUGCUCAUGUGAUGUACACACAGGUCUUCCAGGUCACUGUCAGCCUUGGGCCACCUGACUGGAGGCCCUACAACUGGGACUAUGGCUGGUCUUUCUGUGUGGCGUGGGCCUCCUUCACCUGCUGCAUGGGUGCAUCCGUCACCACCCUCAACACUUACACAAAGACUGUUAUUGAGUUCCGGCACAAACGUAAGACCUUUGAACAGUCUCUACGGGAGGAACACGCACGAGAGGCUUAUGGAUAUUUCCGUGAUCAUUCGUUGCAUUCCAUCUCCAAAUCUCUGGACGUAUACUCCAGCCAGUCCCUAAAAAGUGGCAGGAGAACUCCACUCCCUGCUGACUCAUUAGACUUUGCUGAUUUUUCAACAUCUUUGGGAGAGGAGCAGUGCUGAGAAAACCCAAAAGCAGCGGAUGGAUUUCUCACUGUGCUGCAUCUUGAAAGUGAGGCAAACAUUCAUAGCUUGGACUGUAGACUGUGGACUGUAGACUAUAGAUUAUAGACUAUAGACUGCAGAUUGUGGACCGUAGACUGUGGACUGUAGACUAUAGACUGUAGACCAUAGACUUUAGACUGUGGACUGUAGACUAAAGACGGUUAACUGUGGACUGUAAAAUUUGUGGACUGCUGACUGUGCAGUAUAGAUUGUUGACUGUAGGCUGUAGGCUGUGGACUGAGGACUGUAGGCUGUGGACUGAAGACUGUAGACUGUGGAAUAUAACUGUAGACUGUGGACUGAAGACUGUAGGCUGUGGACUGAGGACUUUAGACUGUGGAAUGUAGACUGUAGACCAGGAGUGUCCAAAGUCAGUCCCCGAAGGCCAGUGUCCUACAUAUUUUUCAACCAACCUGUCAUUGAAGCUCCUUAUUGGCCAAACUCACCUGAUCCAGGUAAUUGGCAUCAGAUAAGGCAGGGGUUCUGGAAAACCAGCAGGAGCCCGGCCCUCAAGGACUGACUUUGACACACCUGUUGUAGACUAUAGACUGGUGACUGUAUACUGUGGACUGUAGAGUGUAGACUAUGGACUGCAGACUAUGGACUCUAGACUAUGGACUGUAGUGUAGACCAAGGACAGGCAACUCCAGUUAUCUAGGGCCACAUUCCUGCAUGUUUUCCAACAUACCCUGCUCUGGCAUGUUCUAAUUAGCUGUACCUAACUGAACCAGAUAACCAGUCAUGAGUAGGGCUUGGAUAUCUGGAAAUCAUGCAGACACAGCGACCCUCGAGGACUGGAGCUGCCUAUCCUAUGGACUGUAGACUGUGGGCCUGAGACUGUAGAUCGUGGACUGUAGAGUGUACUGUAGACUAUGGGCUGCAGACUGUACAAUGUGGACCCCAGACUGUUGACAGUGGACUCUAUAGACCACAGUCUAGAGUCCACAGUCGACAGACUAUGGACUCCAGACUGUAGACUAUGGAAUGUUGAGUGUAUACUAUGGACUGUUGAGUGUAUAUUAUGGACGGAGACUGUGAACCUUUGACUAUAGAUUAUGAACUAUAGUGUAGACUAUGGACUCUUGAGUGUAUACUAUGGACUGUAGACUGUAGAGUGUAGACUGUGGACUGUUGAGUGUAGACUAUGGACAGUAGACUAUAGACCUUAGAGGGUAGACUGUGGACUAUAGAGUGUAGACUGUUGACUCUAUACUGUAGGCUAUAGACUUUAGACUGCAGACCAUUGGUCACUAACCCUGGUCCACGAGGGCUACCCUCUUGCUUGCAUCUAACUCUGCUUCAGUAAUUGCUGCUCAUCUGGAUCAGGUGUGUUCAGUCAAUUAGAAACUGAAACUGGGCUGAUUCAAUCAGCAUCUAAAGAAGCAGGGUUAGCUAGUAAACAAGCAGGGGGGUAGCUAUUGUGGACCAGGGUUGGUGACCCCUGCUGUAGACUUUGGACUGUAGACUGUGGGCUGUAGACUGGGGGCUAUAGACCAUGGACUGAAGACUGUGCGUUUUUCUCCAUCAAACACUGCCUUAAAGUCAAACAGUAUUGACGCUCCCCUGUCCAGAUCAACAAAACAGACAGACACAUGGAAAAUAUGCAUUUGUAAAAGUCAUAAUAUUGUCAAAUUAAAGGAAAUGUUGAAUA